AUGUUAAGGCUAGACUCCAGGGGAAGUGGGACUUGCACCAGCCUGGAGGAGGCAGUGUUCAUGCAGGUGUCGCAGCUGGACUCGGAGCUGUGUGCUCAGGUGACAGGCAUGCUGCUGGAGCUGCCGCCGCUGCGACUGGCCCGCCUGCUGCAGGACGGCGCGCGACUGGGGGAGGCCGUCUGCGCCGCCCGCGCCGAGUACCUUCGCUUCACCGGGCUGCACCAGCUACUGGCCGACCCCAAGCUGCUGCAGCUGCGCACCAGUCAGGCUCUGGAGGCCAUCGGUCGUGCCGACAAGUACUACCAGUGCAUCGAUGGCGUGGCCCAGGAGAGAACGUGCCAGGACGGCCUGCUGUUCCACCCGGAGCGCCCGUACCCCUGCGUCUACCCUCAGGAGGUCGACUGCCUGGCCCGCAGCGGUAUACAGGACCCGCAGCCGACUGAGGACUGUCCGCGCCAGUUCGCACUGUUCCGCACCAGCGACGCGCCGGCGGACUGCUCCGGCUUCACCAGCUGCGUCAACGGGAGGGCGUUCCGCGCCGACUGCCCCGAGACCCUGGCCUACAACGCCCGCACCCUGCUCUGCCAGUGGGCCGACGAGGUGGAAGACUGUGACGCGGCAGGUUACCUGGGCUUCCAGUGUCCGGCGCAAGAGUUCUCGCCCGAUCAGGUGGGCGAGUUCACGCGGCAGCCGCACCCCGACGACUGCACCAAGUACUACAUCUGCCUGAACAAGGAGGACGGCUCCGUCAAGCCACGCCUGCAGGGCUGCCCCGAACCGACCGUCUUCGACCCGGCGAAGGACGCUUGUAACGAGAACAUUGAGGAGGUGCCCGGAUGCGAGAACGCCAUCGCGCCGGAGGUGCUGGCCGCGUACCGGGAUCGGCAGGCGCAGGAGGACGCGCGGCGCGAGGCCCGACUCCAAGAGGUGCGCUCCACUCUCGACGGCUAGGCGCGCACAGAGUACGCGCGAAAAGGUCCGAAGGCGCAACGGAAACGCGCCGAAAACGCAUGGAAAACGUGACGGGAAAGCAUCGAACGGUCAUCAGAAACCUGCCGGAAACGGGGUUUCCAGGAACGCUGGAGAGGAAAUUUAGUGCGACGAUGCGCAGCGAGACGCGUUAAAAUUUGUGAGAUACUGUUGGGCCAUGUGUGUGCUAAAACGCUAUAAAGCGUUAUCAAUUCUCGGAAUGAAUGAGAAGCAAUUAAUUAAGGUUAGGUAAUGUAUUUUGGCUGACAAGUGAAGACGUAAAAUACACGGAUGUUCGUUCUU